AAAUCGAUACAAAUCUACGAAAACACGAAUCUGCGAAAACAGCCAGCACGUGCUGAGCGUCUAUUUGGAAAAUACGUCAUGGUGUCGGCAGCGUGGGUGUAGAAAGGUAUCAGUUUGCGAUUGGCUUUUCUGCUUCAAUUGCUUCUCCCCACAUUCUUCACUUUGGAAUAGGCCUGUGGCAAAGUCGCUUAUCAUCGGACAAUUUGCAGCUCUCAAUUAUAUUAAGCCGCGGGACAGGUCGGAGUUUAUAUCCUUCUAAAACCUUUACAACAGUUUAAGUUCGUUUUGCGAGCAUAGCUUGUGCUAUCCGAUCUGUAUGAAGCAAAUUACGAACUUUGUAUAUGAAAAAAAAGGAUCGAAAUGCGCCAUAAUACCAAUUCCAACUUCACUCAAAACUAUAAUAAUAGUAACAGCAACAACAAUAGCAGCAACCGGCAUCAAGGAUCUUCGGCCCGCUACUGCAGCGUUGAUAGUGCAUUAAAUUUUUACAAUAAUGGUAGGAUUGCGAACGAUCAAAGGUGGUGCGGCAAAGUGUUAAUGUCGAGGAACACUCCGGAGAAAGUCGUCUCAUGUAACAGAGUAGAUUAUCAAAGCGAUGCCAAUUGCACAUUUGGUAUAAACAAAAUCUUUCUGAAUGCUCCAUCUGCCGAACGCAGUGCCUAUGCGAACCAGCAACUCCAAACGACAGCCGCACAUAAAGCUCCACAUUAUGUAGUUGGGAAUGGGGCUGGCAACUUUGAGCACUUGGAGAUGAAAUUUUCCCCCGUGUCGGCUCGUAUUCGAUUGGACAAUGAAGGAACUAAGCGUCAAGCUCGAGCUCGUACACGUUUUCGCCGGGAAAUGAGUCCUGCCUAUCACCAAACCAUUUCAAAUUCACUGGAGCCCACAUGGGAUACGAUACUCUCUGAACAUCCGUCGCCCUCUACAGAUCAACACUACGAGCAUUACUUCUCAUAUUUCUACAAUCGCGGGACAGAAACUUCUUCCAUUAUAAGACACAAUUUGAAACCAAUGAAUCGGGUUAAAGAAUCGCAGUGCAAGACCCAUAAUUCUCGGGCAGAGGUCACAAAUUUAUCAUUGUCUAACAGACGUGAUCCCUCCAAUGAUAAUCAAAACACAUUACCUUACAAGCAUGUUGUUUUGAAAGAGAAGCUCACCAACAACAAUAUGCCAUAUGAUGAAAGCGAAUGGUAUGGCGACGAUUUUAAAAAGUCCGGGCUGAUCAAAGUUGCCGGAGAGCUCGAUUUGAAAGAUUUUUACGAUAGCAAAGAACACGUCGACUGCCAGGUAGACCCACGAAUCCCGGUCCAUCGUCAGUAUGUGAGGCGCGUUGAAGCCAAUGAGUUUGGUGCUGGAGAUGCUUCGGCAGCAAACAAUAACAAUAACAUCAAGAACGACGAAUCAACGACAUGCCAGAACAGAAGAGAUUUAUCCCAGACAGCACCUCGAUUACCCUUGACUCCGAAAAGGGUCCGAGGUGGGUCUACAUCAAAAAAACUAUUGCCAACAGUACAUAGGGUCUUAUUAUACAACAGUCAAAGUCCACGAGCGUCGCGAAAACAACAGUCUAGUUCCUUUCGCUCUCAAAAUGCCAAACAGCAAUCAUCUAAAGCUCAGGCAGGAGUAUUAUCGACCGUUAUUCUAGUCGAGCCAGAUGCUAGGGUUGCACUUAACAAAAGCCCCAUUGAUUUCGAUCGUGAUGAUGAUAUAGAUGAAGACGAUGAUCUCGACAAUAUUUCGAAUUUUGACGAAUCCGAUACGGUUAGUGUCAGCUCAGACAACGAAGAUGGGUACCGAGCCCAUGCAUAUAAGUUGACUCAUUCCGUGGAUCGGUUUUCAACGCAAACCUCGCCGAGCAUUCUGUCAUCCUCCUCUGAGGAUGAUAUGAAAAACCCCGAUUCCCUACUAGUGCCGAGCCUUUUUCCUUAUGUUCCGCCCUAUUUAUCCUUCUCAUCGAACACCAAAAAAGGGCCCAAAGUGCCGGCAGAACUCCACAGAGUACUGAAGUGGCGGAUGACCAACAUAAUGCCAAAAGUCGUGCGACUUAUCUUGGCGAAUAGUGGCAUGCGAAUGCUUAAAAAAACCAACGAUUGGAUGGGGGUGUGGGGUAAACAUCUAAAAUCGCCCUGUUUCAAAACAAUUCGCUCGUAUCAAAAAAUCAAUCAUCUGCCCGGUUCGUUUCGUAUUGGACGCAAGGAUUCGUGCUGGAAAAAUUUGCAAAGGCAAAUCAACAAACACAGCAACAAAGAGUUCGGAUUCAUGCCAAGGACCUAUAUCAUUCCGAAUGAUUUGGGCACAUUGCGAAAGCAUUGGCCAAAAUACGCACAGCGGAACACUAAAUGGAUUAUCAAGCCUCCAGCCAGCGCACGCGGCACUGGCAUACGUGUUAUAAAUCGCUGGGCCCAGAUACCAAAGCGUAGGCCAUUAAUCGUACAAAAAUAUAUAGAGCGGCCGCUUCUUAUUAACGGCAGCAAAUUUGAUUUGCGUCUUUAUGUGCUCGUAACUUCGGUAAAUCCACUAAGAGUGUAUAUGUACCACAAUGGCUUGGCCCGCUUUGCCUCCGUGAAGUACAGCGCUAAAACCGACACAUUGAACGAUCGCUGCAUGCAUCUAACUAACUACAGCAUUAAUAAGUUCAGCUCGAACUAUUCAAAGAAUGAGGACGUUAACGCCUGUCACGGACACAAAUGGACUAUUAAAUCGCUGUGGACCUAUUUGGCUAAUCGCGGGGUACACACAGACUCCCUAUGGGAGGCCCUGCGAGGACUUGUGCUGCGCACAAUUCUAGCUGGGGAAAACGGCAUGAAUAGCAUGAUCAGAGCUAAUGUGGAAUCAAAAUACAGCUGCUUUGAGCUUUUUGGGUUUGAUGUCAUUUUGGACUCAGACCUUGUACCUUGGUUGUUGGAAGUGAAUAUAUCGCCAAGCCUGCAUUCCGAAUUGCCACUGGAUGCGCACGUGAAAGCUCCUUUGGUUCAAGGUGUUCUUAACACCGCACUAUACAAUGUACCACCUAAACUAACCCAAGAAAAGCAAAAGGAGCUAGCCGCCGAGUACUCGUUCCCACCAGAAACACCACUGUGUUAUGAUAAACGAUUAUAUAUUAAUUAUUUGUCUCGCGAUGAAAAGGCCAAACACAAUACUUUCACACGCAAAUCAAUGGAGCACAGAGAAGAGUACAUUGAUUCGAUCUUGCAAACUCUUACACCCGACGAUGUGCGUUGCCUGAUAAUCGCUGAAGACGAAUUGGCGCGAUGCGCGCCGCUAGAGCGAAUUUUUCCAACAGAUCGGACCCACAAAUACCUCAAAUACAACGACAGCCCGCGCUACUAUAACCGCCUACUUGAUGCAUGGGAGUCGCGUUACGCCAACAACCGCAUCGAAGGCAUCGCUCUCUUGCGGAGCUAUUGUCAAAAUAAAUACCAUCUGCAAGUUCCAGCGCCCCCUGCGAAAAAGGUCUCGAACGCUAGUGGCGACCACAUUAGCGUCAAUACAGAGAUGCCAGUGCACACCUAAAGGAAUCAUCCAGUGAAGAUACCAAAGUUUUGGAUAUUUAUACUGAAAAACCAUGUCUUGCCGGCGCAGAAAAUGAAAAAUAUCCAUUUAUUUUACGUAUAUUAUUUAUGUUAUUUAUAUUUUUCGAUUUCGGAAAGACUGGACGAAUUCUGUAAAGCUGCCGAUGUAAAUUAGGUAUUUAAAUAAGAAAUGCAUUAGUUCGAUAUCUAAUCAAUUCUUUGUAAGCUAGUAGUUAGUCAGUCAGUCCAUCUUAGUAAAUCUAUUAUGUAUAUAUUUGUAUCUACAAGUAUACCCAAAUUUAAGUGUUCAAAAUGUAAUAAAAACACUGUUAGUGGAUUAUUGAAAAA